UACCGCGAGUCGUUCGAGAACAUCUUUGAAAACACUUCUCGAGAUUUCUCUACCAUAUCAAUAGCGUUUUACUCGGGUUUAUUCGCAUAUUCCGGCUGGAAUUUCUUGAAUUUCAUUGUCGAAGAACUUCAGAAUCCUAAAAGGUGGGUGAACCCAAGUUUGACUUCUUCAUAUUCUGAAUCAUAAGA